CGCGCACAGGGCUGUACCAGGCUCUAACUGCACACGCUUUGACGUUGGUCCAUUGUUUUAGUCGUUUAUUCCUCUUCACAUGUGGCUAUGGAGAACGUGAGAAAAGGGGAGGAAUCGGAGGAGGUAGAGAUCGACUUGGACUCCAGCGAUGAGUUUGAAAACGGAGAGGAUCCUGAGGUUUUGUGGAAGAAGGCGCCCCCUGUGUUUGAAGAGGAGGAGGACAUUCACACGUCGACUUUAGUUGAAAUCAGUGACACCAAACCAUUGAUAAAUUCCAGAGAUCCCAGAGGCAUCAAUGACACUCUCAAGGUGACAUUUGAGGAUGUGAUCGCCGAGCCUGUGUCCGUGCGCAGUGGGGACCGUGUGUGGAUCUGGAGCCACGCCCUGUUCGAGGUGUCCCGGGUGUGGAUCUACAGAGCAGUGUCAGUUCUGCUGGCCAUCCCCCUGUCCAUCAUCACUGGACUGCUGUUUGCCCUGCUCAGCUGCCUACACAUAUGGAUGGUGGGCCCGUGUAUCCAGUGCGUCCAGAUUGGCACUCGUUGGCUGCAGAGUUUGUGGAGUAUCGUGAUGGAGGUCAUAGUUCAGCCCCUCUUCACCAGCGCUGGACGGUGCUGCGGAGGGUUUAGCGUUCACUUGGCCAAAGAAUGACACCAGUGAUAGUGACAGAGUCUUGCUAGAUUUUUGUUUUUUUUACUUUUAGGGCAACAUAGGCAUUCAUUUUGUAAAAAAAAAUAAAAUUAAAGUUUAAAAAUGCUGUAUGUUGUCAACCAAUUUGGUCUCAUUGCCUUGUCAAGAUUAAGAUAUAUUUUACAUUUGUUAGCUUUUUU